AUGCGACGUCACCUUCAGCCUCCGCUUCUUCGCCCUCCCCUCCUCUUGCCUCGCCUCGGCUCCACUCCGCUCUGCUCGGCUCGAGUCGGCUCGCUCUCCUUCUUCAUCCGCAUUGGUUGGCGAUUUCGACUAUUCCACAGUUUGCCACGGCUCCUUUCCUCCAACUGUUCUGCCCUUAAGUCCAAAGCCCUGCCUACCGUGCUGGAUACAUAUACAAGUGUCCUAGUGGAGGAAGAUGUACUCCCACAAAUGCGCUAA